AUGUGUUGUCAUCCCCCAAAAGAACCACUUAAUGUAGAAUGUGGUAGUAGAAAUGUCUUUGUAAUCAAGAUCGACCAAUCAAGUUUGCAGUACACAUUUUGUAAUUUGUUUACACCAUCUGUAGUAAAGAACUUGUUGAAAAAAAGAGAGGGAAAUGAAUUGGUAACAAUACGCAUAAGCAUCUAAAUCCCCUGAUUAAUUGAUUUACACCAACCAAUAUUGUAAUUUAUCCUCUAUAACCAGCUGCUUAAUUAUGGUGGGGUUGAUCAAACUGUAUGGCUAGAUGCAGAUACCCGCUCCUCCAUCAUUCUUUAAUAUCAGUGACAUAUAAAAACUGGUAUGCAAGUAUGAACAGAUGAGUAGAUACAGUUACCACAGCUUUCAGUACAGGUCAAUUACAUUCAAUCAAUAAAAUUGAAUCUGUGAGAGCAGUACCAAAAGGAACAGACGAUGCCAUUAUUUCCAACAAGGCUGUCAACAACUUUCUGCAAGCUUUCUUCAUGAACCUUCAUGAUAAAGAAAAAUCACAUGUCAAGGAUGAACACACAGUAUUCAAGGACAGACACACAGUAUUCAAGGAAAACCUUGACAUCAUGAGGAAAGAACUUGGUUUUGUGACUGAGAGACGGUGUAGUCUGUUGGAGGGUGGGGGGCAAGGGGUGUUUGUGACGCGGGGGACAGUCCCAGCUGGGACCAUCGUGUCUAUGUACCCCGGGGCAGUUUAUGAGCAAUAUGAACCAAUUUUUUUCCAAAGUCUGGGAAAUCCAUUCAUAUUUCGAUGUAUAGAUGGAGUCCUUAUCGAUGGAAAUGACAAGAACUUGUCGAAAUUCAUUUACAAGUCAUGUCAUGGGCGAGAUCGAAUGGGCCCCAUUUUGUCAUGUGACUCCACGUGGUUGACAGAGUCCCCUUACAAUCCCCUGGCUGUCGGCCAGUACGUCAACAACCAGUCUACAAAGUUCCCAGCCAAUGUUGCCUACCAGGAGUUUGACAUCCCCAGUGACUUCCCCUUUCGCCUUCGGAAGUACAUCCCUAAUGUGCACUACAGUGCUAGUAUUGACAGCACCACACUCAACAGGCUCAUGAGAGUUGUGGUGCUGGUGUCAACCCGGGACAUUCAGUGUGGGGAGGAGCUGUUCUCUACUUACUUCACUGUAGUCCAGUAACCAUGGUAACAGGUCAUACAGCGACAUUCAGUGUGGGGAGGAGCUGUUCUCUACCUACUGCACUGUAGUCCAGUAACCAUGGUAACAGGUCAUACAGCGACAUUCAGUGUGGGGAGGAGCUGUUCUCUACUUCACUGUUGGCCAGUAACCAUGGUAACAUCUCAAUCAGCAACACACAGUGUGAGGAUGAGAUGUUCUUUCCCUACAUCACUAUAGCCAAGUAACCAUGGUAACAUCUAAAUCAGCAACACACAGUGUGGGGAGGAGCUGUCCUCUCCCUACUUCACUAUAGCCCAGUAACCAUGGUAACAUAUCAAUCAGCAACACACAGUAUGGGGAGGAGCUGUUCUCUCCCUACGUCACUCUAGUCAAGUAACCAUGGUGCAUACUGUAAUAUUUCUGACAUUGUACUGUCAGAGAUCAAAUCUGUAACAGGUCUGAUGUACCAGCAGAGAUCAAAUCUGUAACAAGUCUAAUAUUGAGUCAUUGCAUUGAGAGAUAGUUUGCCAUAGAUACCAGUAGUCCCUGACAGCUUGAAAACACAAGUAUGUGUGGGAUGUAUCUGCCUGAAACAGAUAGAUUGUGGCUUGUAUUGCAAAUUCCACAUUGUUGAUUAUAUUUUGUGUGAUUGAAAGUUUGGAUCUCAUUACAAUAAAGGUUCCGUGUGUUUCCCUAUAUGUUUGUCGGUGAAUGAUUAGGGUGAACUAGGACUGACCUGGGUAGACAGGCCCCUUCCACAAAGUGAUCUUAGCGCUCAGACGGUCGUAACUCCCAUACUUGAACGUACACUUACAACAGUCGUAGCGCUAGGAUCGCUUUGUGGAAGGGCCCCCUGACCUAUCUUUUUUGUCAUCUCAUGCAUAAUAUACACAUACAUUAUUUUCUACACAGCAGUAUUUCUUCAAAUACAAUUCUUAAACACAAAUACUCAGGAUUUUCUCUCGACCCGUGAAGAUCCAGGGUAGAAUAGGUCUUCAGCAACCCAUGCUUGCCGUUAAAGGGGACUAUGUUUGUCGUAAGAGGCGACUGAUGGGAUCGGGUGGUCAGGCUUGCUGACUUGGUUGAUGCAUGUCAUCGUAUCCCAAUGGAUCGAUGCUCAUGAUGUCAAUCACUGGAUUGUCUGGUCAAGACUCGAUUAUUUACAGACCACUGUCAUAUAGCUGGACAGACAAACAGGAUCUUCUCAUUUGUACCAUGUAGCAAUGUAUUUAAGGUAAGAUAAUGUUUAGAGUAAAGUUUUGUAAAACAUACGGCAAUAGAAGAUGGUGAUAAGAAAGGGAGCAACAUUACUUGAAAAUAUAUGUUACUUUCGUGUACGGGGUACAAUUACAAUACAAACGAAAAUGGAAUCUCCGGUCUUGUUUGGAUUCUGAGUCAGAAUAGAGUCUAUUAAUGUGUGGCAUACUGCAUGGGGUUUUCCUGCUCCGACUCCAACAUAUACAGGCCUCCAUGAUACUAUUGCAAUAUUGUCUUGACAUCCAAUCCUCAAAUAUUGUCGGCCAUCACAAGAAUGGGAUAUUGGGGACCAAUUCUUUCCUGGAAUUGCUGGUAAGAAUAUGGGUCCCCAGCAAACCCAUGCUUGUCAUAAGAGGUGACUAACGGGAUCUGGGCUGUCAGGAUGGUGACUUGGUUGAUGUAUGUGAUCGCAUCCCAAUUGCGUAGAUCGAUGCUCAUAGUAUCAAUCACUGUAUUUUCUGGUCCAGCGAUUGACUGCUGUUAAAUAGCUGGAAUAUUGCGUGAGUGGGAUGUUAAACAACAAACGAACCAGCUUCCCUGGGAUUAUAGGAGUAUAGGCAGUAGCUGAUUAUUGCCUUGCAGACAUAUAGGAAUAUAAUCCGUGAUUUUCUGAAGGAAACCAGAAUGGUGCUAGAGGUGUUGUUCAUUGUAUUACGCCUGUAACUGUUAUGAAAGUGUUACGUGGUGUCUGUCACCUUAUGAUAUUACGAGUCAUCCAUGCAUUGGCCAUGAAUAAUAUCAAUGUAUCCAUAAGUCUAUCAGUUGUUACAACCAAGGCGAUCCUGGUGACAAUAGGUCUUCAGCAACCCAUGCUGGUCGUAAGAGGUGACUAACGGGAUCGGGUGGUCAGGCUCGCUGACUUGGUAGAUGCAUGUCAUCGUAUCCCAAUUGCGUGGAUCGAUGCUCAUAAUAUCAAUCACUGGAUUGUCUGGUCCUGAUUCGAUUAUUAACAGACCACCGUCAUAUAGCUGGACUAUUGCUGAGUGCGGCGGUAAAUAACAAACAAGGAAAACCUACGAAACGUGUUUUAUAUCUGUACACAAACGUUACUCAAUCUCAUUAAAAUCAGAUCUUAGUUCUCGCUACCGCUAAACAUAUAACGCCUUUUUACUGAGGAUUAAUCACGUCAGACAGUCUCAUUAACAUCAGAUCUUUGUUCUCGCUACUGCUUUGUUUAGCGGUAGCGAGAGCUAAGAUCUGAUUUUAAUCAGAUUGAAACGUUAAUGUACGUCAACACUUACGUACAGCCUUACCAAACGCAACCAGCAGUGAGCUACCAAACUGUGGAAUACGUAUACACUUUAAAUAGAAAUAGCCACACAAAUUACAAAGAAAGACCUAAUCCCUAUAAAGUUUGCAUCGCAAUAAUAAGAACCGGGCACAUCUUUUGAAACCAAACUAUAAAUCUCGCAGAUGUUACCAUUUGUUGCAGUGGGCGUGAUUUACUGUUUUAAAGUGUGUACAUAUUACAUAGUGUGGUAGCUCUUAAGACACGAUGGUGUGCAUGUAUACAUACAACAUUGCGUGUAAGAAUGUAUCACUUUGAUGCCAUGUAUAUUUUAAGUAUUGCUGUGGUGACCUGCCAACUAAAAUAGCCGUUUGAGAUACCCAUGUUUUGAAAUAUUAACCCGUAAUCUUGGCACACAUGCAUUCAUUAACCGUGUCUCCUUGUGAGACCACUGUGAUAUGGCGGGUGUAUCGAGGGGCAUCUGUAACCCACACCGACGUGGGGUCUGGUCGUUAUAGCAAAUAUCCCACCCUUUCAGCGCCAUCUACAUACUUGAACAUUUAGUGUAACCCUACGCCCAGCUUGGGUAUCAACCUAUUUUCGUUCGCUUCAUUGACUAUUGGUAUGGGUCUCACCUCAAGGUCGUGUUAUAUGUUAUUGUUUGACGCCUGGCGUGUUACUAUGUACCUAUUUGUAGCUCUUUUGUUACAGUUUUUGUGAUAUAACCGGAUUGAAUUUGCUUAAAUCAGGCAGUUAAUUGUAUCCAGACGAAUCAAGUGAUCUUACAUUAAGCUGGCACUUAGAUUAGAACGCCAGUUUAACUCCGUAACGCCAAUCUGAACAUGUAAUAACGAGUUACAUCGCCUUAUAACGGGUUACAUAGCCCGAGCUGUUGACAAUGUAGUGUUUGUUAAACAACUUAAAAACAUUUCAAAAUGUAACUGGUACAAAAUGAUGCCAAAUUGACAACAGGGGAACAGUUAUUAAUAACAAUGUUUCAAUGAAAGAAGACUGAAGCCUAUGUUUGGAAACCACCGACAAUCAUGAAAAUAUGUUUUUUGCUUUAUGAAGAAAUGUUGGUAUAAACGAGUACCCGGAUAUUUGAGUCGGACUCAUCCUCUGUUACCCAAUGUAUUAUAUCCCCAUAUCUCCACUUUAUUAUUACCACUAGGGGCUUUUUUUCCACGCUAAGGGACAAGCCGUGAUAUACGCGAUGUAUUCGUAACUGGAAUACUGUUAAAAGCGGCGCUAAACCCAACUCAUUCCCAGUACUAUACAUAUAGAAAACAACACCAAGGUGACAGAACACCCAGAAUAUCUCUCAGGAGCUUUGUUAUACGAUCAAUCAAUUUCUUCAGACAAAAAUACCCGCUUGUGAGUGAAGAGUUGUCUAAAGUAAUUGUACUCGGACGGUCAUAGAAAUAUGUAUCAAUUAGAUUAGAUGGACAUGGAGAAUCGGCUAUAUAGGCAAGGCGACAGUCGUCUGACGUGAACCUCAGUUCUCGCUACCACUAAACAAAGCUGUAGCAGUUUAACAGUUUAUUUCUCCAAACCACCGGCGGUGAUACAAAAGAGUGCCAAAGAACAAGCAUGUAAACAAAGUAUUAAUAUGUGACAAGAUGACAGUAUGUCAUGCAUGGAUAUGUUAUAUCUUUUCUGUUUUGUGUUUUCUUACUGCUUUAAAUAUUUCAUCAAUAAAUCUCGAUAGGUUCUUAAGAUCUCUAGUGUUUUGACUGGACAUAACCUCUUGAAUUUAUAUAAAUUAGACCAAUUAUUUUGGUAAGCAGUUGGUAAGUAUACAACUCUAUGUUUUGACAGAGCCUGGCAUCUAAACAGAUAAUGGAAUUCGUCUGCAACUGAAGGAGAGCUGCACAGUUCACAUACACGAUCCUCUUUCUUUACAUUAUUCCAACGUAGCGAGAACAAAAAUCUGAUGUUAAUGAGAUUGUCUGACGUGAUUAA